AUGGAAGAGGCUGAUCCUGCAAAGGUAGCGAGGAUGGAAGGAGGAAGAUGGAUGGUAGACCUGGUCAGGCUGUCUCCUGCAUUCCUCCCAACGACCUCCAAGCUUUCCCUCCCAGGACCCUCAGUGAGAUCGGGAAAAUGCUUCCUGAGCUCCUCAGCAAGGAUAAAAGAAACUGAUCCCACAAACCGAGUGAGGAUGGAAGGAGGAGGAUGGACGGUUGACCUGGUCAGGCUGUCUCCCGCCACCUCUGAGUGUUCUCUCCCAGGACCUUCAGAGACAUCUGUUUCAGCAGGUGGUGGACAGGACAGUUGUUCCCGGGUCUCAUCAGACAUAACCAAGCGAGAUGAAGGCAUUCUUGCGCAGCCUGAUGACAGCCCUAAAAUCCCUGCCCAUGCAAAACACCACCAGGGAGAGAAAACAAAUCAGUGCCCAUUGUGUGGCAAAGCUUUCAGAAGCAAAGCUAGCCUCAACUCACAUUGCACAAUCCACACGGAGGAGAAAGCACACAAAGGCUUGGAGUGUGGAAAGACUUUCCCUGAGUGUUCACAACUUACUGUAUACGAGCGAAUCCACACAGGAGAAAAACCGUUUAUAUGCUCGGAGUGUGGAAAGGGCUUUAAUAGUAGCAGCGCCCUCAGGAAACAUUGUGGAAUUCACAAGCCGGAAAAACCAUCUAAAUUCUUGGAGUGUGGAAAAGGCUUCCGUCACUGCUCACACCUUAAAGUGCAUCAAAACAUUCACACAGAGAAGAAGUCAUGUGCUUGUCUAGAGUGUGGAAAGGCCUAUACUAACAGCUCAGGCCUUGUAUAUCAUCAAAAAAGUCACACAGGGGAGAAACCGUAUUCCUGUUUUGACUGCGGAAAGAGUUUCCGUUGCAGCACAGGUCUUCAAACUCAUCAAAAAAUCCACACAGGAGAGAAGCCAUAUAAAUGUUUGGAUUGCGGAAUGAGCUUCGCUCACAGCUCGAGCCUUACAUCUCAUCAAAAAAUUCACACCGGGGAGAAAUCAUAUAGCUGUUUGGAGUGCGGAAGAAACUUUGCCCAUCUAAUUAGCCUUACUUUACACAAGAGAACCCACACAGGGGAGAAACCAUAUAAAUGCUUGGAAUGUGGAAAGAGUUUCCGUCAGAGUGCACACCUUAGUUCACAUCGGAGAACUCAUACCGGUGAGAAGCCAUAUAAAUGCUCAGAGUGUGGAAAGAGCUUCAGUCAGAGUUCACACCUUACUGUGCAUUUGCGAUACCAUACAGGGGAAAAACCAUAUAAGUGUGUGACGUGUGGAAAGGGUUUCUGUACUCACACAGAACUUAUUUGCCAUCGCAGGAUCCAUACAGGGGAGAAGCCAUAUAAGUGCUUUGAGUGUGGAAAGAGCUUCAGCCAGGGUAUUAGCCUUCGUAUACAUCAAAAAAUCCACAGAGGUGAAAAACCGUAUGCAUGUUUUGAGUGUGGAAAGAGCUUUGGCCAGAGUUCAAGCCUUAGCGUACAUAUGAGAAUUCACAGAGGGGAAAAGCCGUAUUCUUGUUUUGAAUGUGGAAAGACCUUUACUUGCAGCUCAGCUCUUCGUUCUCAUCAUAAAACACACGUGGGAAAGAAACCCUAAAGAUGCUUGCAAUAUAGUAGAAAAUUUGGUUUAUAACCAUUCAAAGAAUUCAUAGAAGCAAGAAGCCACAACAAACUCACACCAAGUUAAAAGUAUUCACAUUUUUCUCUGAAAAUAUAAGAGGCUGUGUCUGUUCUAGCCAGCAGCAAAGCUCAAGAUCUGUUUCUCUCGUUCUUGGGUGUCUGUAGUGCAUCUCAGAAGCCCCCUCAGGCCAUUGUGACAGCAUUUCAAAUCCUGUGAGUCCUUCUGUUCUUUUCUCAAAAGAGGAAUUCAAGAAGCUGAGCGAGUCACAGAAAAGAACUGGAGGAUGUUGACUGUAAGGAACAGCUUUGAAUAUACAGUAGACGAAAGGAAGGACUAAUAUUUUCAAACUCUGUAUGAAAGUAUCUAAUCUGGAAAAAGAACAUGGACAGGCCCAAACAUUCAUGUGCUGCUUGUCAACUCCAGCAGGGUUUGGGCUGGUGCUCCUGGAGACAAGAUGGCUCCUUCUCAAAGACCCUUGGUCGUUUCCAGUGAACUAGUUCAUUAAGUAAAGAGGGCCAGGAUUUAUUGAUUUGUUUUGUAAUAGCCGGGUAGUUUAGAAAUGUUGAUAGUGAUUGUGCAUUCCCUUUCUUUGUUCCAGCGGUGUCCCACGUUCUCCUUGCACCUUGUAGAUGGAUGACAAAGGAGUAGGAAUUACUCCUGUAUUAUU